UCUUGUAAUAUGGACCAAGAAACAUCGGAUUUUCUUAUUCUGCAAGUUAUACUGGAGGUCUAUAAUUAUUGUUAUCACACCAAUACUUCUUCUGCCUAUUGCUCUUAUUGGAGAAAACCAAGCGUACCCCAGUUUCUACGUGUUUCUGGUAACGAGUGUUUACUGGGUGGCAGACGUGUUGCCUCCGGCGGUCAUCUCCCUUGUACCGAUGGCGUGCUAUGGCGUCAUGGGCACCGGGUACAUCCAACAGGUCUACAUGUGCAACGAAGUCCUGGACUGCGUGGGUGUGAUGAUGCUGAUGGCUGCGGUAGAAAACAGCCAAAUACACAAGAGGGCAGCACUGAGGCUACUCAUCACUAUCGGGUGCUCGCAUUACAGGUUAAGUUUGGUGCUUUUCUUCAGUGCCAUGUUCCUUUCAAUGUGGAUUCCUAAUACCGUGGCCUGUGGCCUUCUGAUGCCUCUGGUCAAGGCUCUAUUGCAGGAGCUUGAGAAGAUGGGAAUAGUCGAUAUGUAUCAAACUACUAACAAAACUCAACAGAAACCGCAAAAGCUUGAAUUAAGUCGUCCAAAACCUACUGAUUUCACCGUGUUUUACUUUCUGGGUAUUGCUUAUUCAUGUUCGAUAGGUGGCAUGGGGACGCUACAUGGAAGUCAGGCAAAUCAAAUAUUCAAAGAAUAUAGCGAAUUACUGUUUCCUAAGCUGGGCAAGAUCACAUUUCCCCAGUUCAUGUUGCUGACGCUUCCAGGAGUGCUGGUCACAGAGACGCUGCUCUACAUCUGGAUGAACUCUUUCUUCUUGAAGAUUUUUAGAUCCAGUGACGUAGCGAUCCCUACAGGCCUGACGGAGGAAGAAGCCCGCUACAUCAAGACUCUGCUGCAGAACCAGUACACGCAGAUGGGGAGGAUCAAAUUUCAUGAUAUAGUUGUUGCCACAGCUGUUGUGUUGACGGUGGCUCUACAGAUGUUAACAAGCACCUUACGCCUCGCCAGCGGACCGCGGAGCGGAGAAAUUAAUAUGCACGUCAGAGUAUCUGCCCCUACUAUCUUCUGUAUACUGCUCCUAUUCAUUAUACCAUCAGACUUAGAAUUUUUGAAGUUCUUCAAGAAACGCAAUUACGCAACGCAUCGCCGCCUACCGACUGCGCCAAGUAAGGCGUGCCUCAAUUGGACUGUCGUGAAAGACAACAUGAUGUGGGGUGUGCUGUUUACUGUUGGCGGCAGCUGUGUAUCAUUCGAAGCCCUAAAGCGUUCAGGAAUGACAGCAGAAUUCGGCAGGGCUCUGCAGAUGGUGUGCAACUGGCCGAGUCCUGUGGUGGUGCUCGUGGUCAUCAUAUUCAGCAAGGUCCUCACGGAGUUUGCGAGCAACUCCUGUGUGGUGUAUGCGGUACUGCCUGAGAUAGCGGAGUUGAGCAUCAAGUCCUAUACGCAUCCCCACUACCUGAUGCUGGCUGCGACUCUCGCCAGUUCCAUGGCAGCCCACCUAGCGCCAUCUACACCAUGCCUGACUAUGGUCAGUCAGUACGUCCACAUUUCCACAUGGAGGAUGAUGUCAGCUGGCGUCGGGCCCUCGGUCAUAGCUGUCAUAGUCACCUGGUUCACCGUCACUCUGUGGUCGAAGGUCAUCAUAUCGGACUAGAACAAACUUCUCCCAGGUCCGCAUUUUCCCCAACAUAAAUCUUAAUUCGCGCUUGGCAUCCGGAGUCUCGUUGGGUAGACGACAUCCGGAAAAUUGCGGGUCACAACUGGAUGAGACUAGCUCAGGACCAGGACAAGUGGCGUACUAGAAGAGAUCGAGGUACGCUCAGCAGCUUUCUAUCUGCUGACAUGAUGAUUAAAUCUGAAUUCGUAACUUGGUCCAGCUUUUGUGGUAAAAUACUAGGCGCAGCUUGGACAUCGGCCAAGCCGAAGUGUCAAUAAUCGUUGACGCUACAUGGCACCAAAACGCUACUGACU